AUGUUUAAAGGACUCCGGAAGAAAGCUCUGGCUCUUCUGUUGACACCAACCAGUAGCCUGGCCAGUUUAGGCGGGCUGAACCAUCCUCAAUACUCCAAAAUACUCAAACAAGUGCGCGAUUUUGAGAUUGCACUUCGAGCAAUGGACUUUUUGUUGGACGACCGUGCCGAAGAAGGUAUGAAACUUCUUGAAACAGAGAGCAAGAAACAUUCAGAAAUGCAUAGUGACCAGCCAGCAGGUAUCUUUCCUUUGGCAAUGGGAGUAAUGGACUUUAUCGAAGCCACUUUAGGCUUUGAACCUGAGGUUAUGGCAAGGGCCCACGAAACCCUUUCCAAUGCCGAAGCUGCCUCGCUCACAAACUCCAAAUACAAUACGAAGCACCAGCUCAAUACAUCUAUGAUAUAUCCUCCAGGAACAGAAUUUCAGGUAACCUUGGCCGAGCUGACGUUAUUAAAUGCGUUGGUGAUGCUUUUGACCGAAAACAAUAGCUUUUUGGAAGCGGCAAAGGCAUUGUUGAAGCUACGUAAAGCAUACCAAACUCUUGAUAGCUUGUACAAGCGUAUAAAGGAACUGGAGCCUGUAUUCAAUCGGAAUUUGGCCAAACUUAAGCGCGGUACUUCCUCAAAGAAUGUUAGUACGGUCGAUUUACCUGGCUUCGAAAGCACUGAUAAUCUUGGUUCUUCGAAUGCUUCGUCUUCUUCGUUGCCUGAGGACGUUAAGCUUAUGAAUUCGCUUGAACAAAUAUUUCAAAUGAGAAAGUCUCGAGUUGAAGGAACAAAUCUAGGACGUGACGUCAACCCAGACCGUGUGAAUCUCUUUAAAGAUGCAAGCAGUGAUCAUAUUCCUCGAAUGAGCAGCUUGAGAGAUCUACAAGCCAAUCCUUCUCCAAGGGCAGUGUCUCCCAAUGUGGCUCUACAGAACCUGGUGUUCCUGAAUAAACCCAUCGGUACAGAUUAUGAUUCAGAUGAAGACGACGAUGAAUUCACAGAUGCAUUGGAAACACUCCAGGAAGAUAUUCCCAUACUGGCACCAAUGCCUAUCUACAUGAAAUCCAAUGGAGGAAAUAGAAUAGCUUCGGGGACGGAGUCUAUCAUUUCAUUCAGCACAGAUUACUCGGCAAGCACCUCAUCCGAUCUCAACAGCAACCAUCUACAUGUAUCUACCAUCGACGAAUUUAUUCAUUCUGGAGUCCAAUUGUGUUUUGGUAUCCUCCAGGUAGUAUUAUCGCUUAUCCCUCCAACCAUAGGUAAAGUUUUGUCUAUCGUUGGGUUCAAAGGAGAUUUUGAAGCUGGAAUGAAAAUGCUUUGGCGCACUGCCAUCACCAGUCGGAAUAUACAUGGAGAGUUAGCUCUUUUGUGCCUCUUGGUAUUUUACGAUGGCCCAAUUGAAUUCAUUGACAAUGGGUACCAGGUACCCAAUAAGGACUCCAAGAUUGCACGAGAAGUAUUUGCCAUUGAUAAUAGGUCGACAGUUAGUGACGAAGAGUUGAAAGCUAUCACUGAGAAUCCAUCUUCUUAUACACCUCAAUUGUUGGAAAGAGCUAGGACACAUUUCAAACACAAUGCACUUUGGAUACUUCAACAAGGAAGAAUGCUUGCAGCUCAGGGACAAUUGGAUGAAGCUAUUAGCUUGAUGCAAGGAUUUACAGAUGACCCCGAUAACAAGAUCAACAUGCGCCAAAUCGAAGGUCUUUUCUUAUUCGACAGAUCCAUGCUAUAUGCCUUCAGGCACAGUUUUGACGAGUGUGCUCGUGAUUUCGUUAAACUUGUGGAUAAAAAUUCGUGGUCUCAAGGAUUAUACUUAUUUUUUGCAGGCUGCAGUUAUCUCGAGAAGUACAGAAUGAUCAAACUUGGUUUACUUCAAGUGGAAAAUGAACAAGAAACCCUAAAAGAGCUAGCAGAAAAAGCCGAGCAUUUUAUGAAACUUGGUCCAACUUAUGUUCCAGGUCAUGGAGUCAACGCUGCGAAUAAAAAGGGUGGAAUUGGAGGCAACAAGAAGCAACUUCCAUUCGAUAAAUAUCUUCUUCGUAAAAUGGCCCACCUUGAAGAAGUACAGAAGCAGAACCCCAAAUUGGCAUUUAUUGACUGUGUUGGAACAUCUCCUUACCAUGAAAUCAUAUAUUUCUGGAACGGAUACAACAGAAUGCCCACCAAGGACUUGGAAUUAAGUAUUAAGCUUCUUGGGUAUAGUGGUGCUCCAGACAGCGAGUUUUCAGCCAACACGUCCCUGAAUAAUUACUCUUAUAUCAAGGAAACUAUGGAUGAAGCCAUGUUGCGGUACUUCUUCCAAGCAAUGGCAUUGAGGCUGCUUGGUAGACACAGUGAAGGAUUAGCGUUGCUUGAUUCUCACGUUAUUUCCAAGUAUGUCACCCAGGAUUCUCCUUUGGCAAAUUUCAAGUUCACCAAAAUGACUUACAGUCCGUUCUUAUACCCAACAGCAUUGUACGAAAAGUCAAGGUUUGUGUGGAAUUUACGUACUUCUGCGCCAGAUUUUGAUGUUCGCAAAAGCAUCACAGACUGUGAGACUUUAUUGAAGAAGGCUGAAAUUGUCAGUGACAUCGGAGACUACGAGAUGAGCAGUCGAACCAGCAUGAAUAUCAAGGCGUCACUUGAUCGUGUUACUAAGCUUCGAAAUCAGUAUUUAUGA